UGCUUGUCGUGGCUGUCCUGCGCUUCAUUCAGCUGAAGCCAAAGGUGUUAAACCCUUGGCUGAACAUCAGCGGCCUGGUGGUGUUAUGCUUGGCCUCUUUUGGGAUGACCCUACUCGGCAAUUUUCAGCUUUCCAAUGAUGAGGAGAUCCACAAUGUGGGCACAUCACUGACCUUUGGCUUUGGGACCUUGGCGUGCUGGAUCCAGUCUGUCCUCACCCUCAAGAUCAACCUGAAGAACGAGGGACGGAAAGUUGGUAUUCCACGAGUUGCCCUGUCGGCCAGCAUCACCCUCUGCGUGGUGUUCUAUUUCAUCCUCAUGGCGCAGGGCAUCCACAUGCAUGCUUCCAGGAUCCAGUGGGGCCUGGUGAUGUGCUUCCUGUGUUACUUUGGCACCUUCGCAGUGGAGUUUAGGCACUACAGAUUUGAGAUUGUUUGCUCCGAGUACCAGGAAAACUUUCUGAGCUUUUCUGAAAGCUUAUCAGAAGCCUCCGAGUACCAGACAGAUCAGGUGUAACCUGUCCUCUGAUGGGGGGGAGGGGGGCAAGUGUGGUCUCAUGGUUUAAACAUGACCUCAU